AUGUCGUCUCCAAUAGCCAAGAUCGGCUUAAUUUCCAUCGGAGACAUGGGCGUCGGCAUCGCCAAGCUGCUUGUCGCCAAUGGAUUCUCGGUAGCGACCAACAUCAAAGGUCGAAGUAACGACACCCUCAACCGAGCCAAGAGCGCACAGGUCGAGCUUCUCAACUCAGACAAGGCCCUAACCCAGCAAUGCUCCGUGAUCCUAUCCGUCGUGCCCCCCCGCGACGCCGUCGCCACCGCGCAACGCAUCGUAGACGCCGUCUCGGGCCCCCUGCGCCGCGCCGAAGAUAACCCGCUGUACUUCGCAGACUUGAACGCCGUAGCACCGUCCAGCGUAAAGCGCGUAGCCGCCUUAUUUGACCAGCGGCUCUCCGUGCGCUUCAUCGACGGGUCCAUCCUCGGCUCGCCACCCGCACUCAAGAGCGGCGAUAGCAGCGCAGAAUGGCGGGUUCCCCGGAUCCCAACGUCCGGCCCGCACCAGCUCUCCGAGAUCCCAGGCUUCGGAGCCAAGCUUGCGGCGACGCUUAACACGCGCCACAUCUCGCCCGAGAUCGGCGCCGCGAGUGGGCUGAAGAUGUGCUUCGCGAGCUUCAGCAAGGGCUUUACGUCGCUCGCCAUCCAGGCCUUCACCACGGCGCAUCGGCUAGGCGUGCUAUCCGAUCUGCAAGGGGAGCUGCAAGAAGUGCUGCCUUGGCACUACGAGCUAGCGGAGAAGGGGGUAAUAGGCAUGGCGCCGAAGGCGUACCGCUGGGUAACCGAGAUGGAGGAGAUCGCGCACACGCUAUCCGAAGAAGGCGGGUUCGCGCCAGACUCAUUCCUCGGUGCGGCGAAGGUAUAUCGUACUGUGGCGGAUGAUACCGUGUUAGGACAGGAGAAAAUUGGGAAGCGGAAGAGGGGCACGACGGUGGAGGAUGUGGCGGCGGCGGUGGCGGAAGGGUUGCAGACGAAGAGGAAGAAGGACGAUUAA